CGAACACAAACCAAGCUCUUAACGUCUUCGGACAUCGUUUUAACAGCUUAGAGAAAGAGUUUGACUCGGAAUAGCACAAUUGUAAAUUUACCGCCGGUUUAGAGAUUCGUAGAUCAGCUGCGGCAACCAUGUUGCGAUAAGGUUUUACCUUCAUUGUAUACCCAAUCAGGUUUUUAAAAUCCCAAGAGUCUAACACUUUAGUAAAGAAAAGUGUUUUAAAACCCCAUUUUGUUCAUUUAAUCUCCCAUAUUAAUUUGUUGGGACAUCAGCGUAUGUUAUGGAUCUGGAUCGUCGAAACAGCUAUCGCCAGUCAGAAAACUCUCAUAAGCAUGGGAAUGUGAUUCAAAAAUGUAGUGCAAUGUAUGAAGCAAAAAGGCCUCUGGGUGACCGCACUGUUCUGGGAAACUUAACAAAUAAACAACGGGACGAUUUGGCACGUGAGACAUGUAUCGGCUCUCACUUCAAUCUAAUUCACAAAAAUGGGAAGUUGUUAAACACAGAAGCCAAAUAUUCAUCGGUAAUUUCAACUGUAUUGGGCCAUAGUGAUUUGAACUCAACAUCAAGUGCAGAUAGUGGUUAUGACAGCAUAAACACGGAAUCGACUGUUGUGGAAUCCAAACUUACAUCCAAAUCGUUAACACAAUCACUUUUGUGCUGUAAGUCAUCGAAUUCCGAACAAGUAUCAAUAUCGAAACGGCCUCGUUAUGACGAAUCUGAUUCAACUUCUCAGGUGGAGAUAUCUUGCGUUGAGGAAGAUUCAGAUGAUGAUAGACGACCAUUUGAAUCAAAGCUGGCUUGUGAUAUUGUUCGAGCUGCAUUUGCUGAUCGUGUUCAGUUGGAAGAACUUUUGGCAGAAUGUAGAAGAGCGGACUUCGCUAUUUCAGCCUUGGAUCGCUCCCCGGUUGAUCGUAUGAUGGAAGCUACAGACUAUAUUGUUGGGAUAAUGGCCUAUGAACAAACAAGGGAAGCAAAAGAAGAUUUUCAAGUGAAUGAUUUUUUGGCUGCUGGUAAACAACCUAAUCUCAAUGCUGAUAUGUUAACAACACUAGCCGAUUGGUUAGUCGAGGUUCAAGAAAAUUUCGCAUUGAAUCAUGAAACAAUACAUUUGGCUUGGGGUCUUUUAUAUGCGUUUUUAGAUCGUGGUCCACCACUUGCUCGGCGUGAGAUUCAGUUAAUGGCGUGUGCUGCGAUCAUGGUUGCUUGCAAACAUGAAGAGCGACAAAUGCCUCAUCUGAAUGAAUUUUUGUACAUAACGGACAACGCGUAUACAAAAGAAGAAUUUAUUGAAGCUGAGCGUCGUCUACUAGUGGCGAUUGAUUUUGCUGUACAUCGUCCAAAUCCUUAUGUUUUUUUGCGUCGUUAUGCUAGGGUUUUAGAUGCACAUAGUGGGCCAGUUCAAUUCACAUCACGAUUUCUUUUAGAGGCUGGUAUGCACAGUCAUACUAUUAGUUUGAAACGUGAAUCACGCAAAGCUGCAGCUGUUUUGUGGCUUGCUCGAGUUGUUCUUCGUAAUCCGGCUUAUGCUGAUUGGACACGCAGAGCUGAUGUACAUCAACUUAGGCACUUGAUACAAAACAAUCCUUUAGCUCAAGCAUAUUAUACACAUUGUCGAAAUCAGAAGUCCAAGAUAACCAACAACAAGGAUAAUGCACGAUCAAGAUUAAACCAAAUUGUUACAGCCAAUACAGAUUUAUCAAGAUGCACUUACGAUCUAUCUGCUACUAAUUCAUGUGACUUUGAAUGUUUCCAGCCUAAAUUCACGGAAAAGACUUCAUAUAGUUUGUCUACAACCUGUGAUAAUUCUGAUGAGUCAUCCAAUGAAGGAAAAUAUACCAAUUUUUCAACACUUGUACGGGCACCUCAUUCCACUCCGAGUGGUCAUAACCAUAUAUCAACCUCUGUAAUUGAUUCUUUCUCUGAAAGCCAUAUGUUUGAUGGUUUAGAUCCUUCAGUUAAAUCCGAUCUCGAAGCACUGCGAUUAGAGGAAGAACAACGUCAACCACUGUGGCCUCCAAUUUUAGAGCAUAUAACAGGUUAUAAAGAAGCUAAUUUAAUCCCGCUAGCUUUACGCUACCAUGCAAUAGCUUUAAGAUUAAUAGCUGAAGUUGCUCGUGGUGGACAUUUGGCUGUUGCCAAUGCCAUUACAUCUGAUCAGCCUACAAAUUUAAGUGUAAAACAAAGCAACGAUGCAAAUGUUCACAUGAUCGACGUUGAUGUGGAAGAUCCAUCUAAUCAGCAGAACUCACGUUGUGUAUCACCCGGGGGCCAUUAUUUGCGUCGCCAGUCUGUUACUAAAUAUUGUUCAAGUGCAUUUUUGAGUGUCGCUGAUGCCUAUCCUCAAUUAUCAUUUGACAAUUUUGUCCCAUAUUUCCCAUCUAUCCAAUGUGCAGAAACAUGUACAUGCUUUGUUUGUACAAAUCUUAUUCGUCGUUCUAAUUAGUCACUACCAUUAGUACUCUAAUUAAUUCUUCGUACUACGCAUAUUUAUAUAAUUGUCUUUCGUAUGUAUUUUAUUCCUUAUAUAAUUAUUUCGGAAGGUGAAUUCAAUUAUUCGGUAUUCGUAAAGUGUUAACGUGAUUUUCUUUAUUUUUCAUUGGUCAUCUCUAAAUUCUUCUGUAUUAAAGCAGGAACAUGUCCCUUUUUUGUAAUGUCUUUUCCUUCUGUAGUUUUCUUUUUAAUCUAUAUUAUUUAUUUUAUAUGUAUUAGUAGUCAUAAUUAUUAUUGUGGGUAUUUUUUUAAAAUAGCAAAUUAGGAUUUUCAAUUUUAAGGUACCAAUAUAUGUGGUCAAGUAUUUUAAGACUUAUUCUUAGAUAAUGGUAUAAUUAUUAUUGGCAAAAACAUGCUUUAUGGUCGUUCCUCAUUUUAUAUCUUUCAUAUGAUUUGUUAGCCUCAUUAUCGAUGUGGUUUUUUUUUUAAUAUAUGUAGUCUUAAUCAGCUGAUUUUAGUCACAUUCAAUUUUUAAUGGUCUUACCUUUCUGUGGAGCGAUCAAAUAAUUAUAUGACUACAAAAAUUUAUUGUUGUUGUUUUAGUAUCCUUAUUGUAUUCAAUGAAACGAGAAAAAAAAAGUCGAAAUUUCACUGUGUAGUUGUACUUUUUUAUACGUCUAUGCGAUCUAUUCAAUUUUAUGUUAACAAUGUAUACAUUUUCAAAUUAUGUCAUUACUGAUGAUUUUGUGUAUUUCCAAAUAUGUUAUACGUGGAAUUGAAUUGAAAUUCCUACCCUAAAUAAAAAAAAAUAAAACGCAAGUACAGUGAAAGGCAUCUGGUUCAUUUAGUUAAGUAAUGAAUCCAGUAUUUGCUUUUCAUCGAAUUACAUCUCUUCGUCAAAUGUUUGACUUUAUUUAAACUUAUGUUUAUGUGUAACGCAUGUAACACUUAUUUAUUCGUUUUUGGGUUGAAUUAUUCCCCCUGGUUCUAUACAAACAUUUGUGAAACAUGUUCCAUUAUUAUGGCACUUUUCCGUGUUUGUUUAAAUUCAGCAAUAAAGGGACUAUGAAACCAGAAAAAAAGAGUCAGUCAUGAUCAACGAG